AUGGCAGGAGGUGUAAAGAAACCAGUCAACAUUUUCAAGUUGAAGGACCUGGACGAGCCGAAAGGAGUCUUCAACUGGCGCCUAUGGUUUGCAGUCGUCUCCUUUGCCCUUCUGGGUGCUGCCCGUGGUGUCGAUGAGGGUCUUAUAUCUGGUGCCUUCAACUCCAAAGAUUUCCAGAAAUCCAUCAAUUACUCGUCGUACAGUGAUACAGAAAAGACAAAUAUCAAGGCGAAUGUCUCAGCUAUGGUACAGAUUGGUUCCGUUGGCGGUGCGCUCUUUGCAUUCUUAAUAUGCGAUCGUGUCGGUCGCAUUUGGGCCACACGAGAGCUGUGUCUCGUUUGGAUUAUAGGAAUCGCCAUGUUCUUAGGCAACAACGGCAACCUCGGGCUGGUGUAUGCCGGAAGAUUCAUCGCAGGCCUGGGUGUAGGUCAAACUCCCGUCGUCGGACCUAUCUACAUUGCCGAGAUUGCCCCGGCAUCUAUCAGAGGUCUUUGUACUUGUAUGUUUACUGGGUUUGUCUAUCUCGGUAUUGUCUUGGCUUAUUUCGCCAACUACGGCGCUCAAGUCAAUCUGGGAGACACUAGUCACGUCAGAUGGAUGGUUCCGACGAGUUUGCACAUCAUCUUUGCUGGUCUCAUCCUCGUUCUCAUGUUCUUCCAAUACGAGUCUCCCAGAUUUCUCGUGAAGCAGGGAAAACUAGACCAAGCCCUGACAGUUAUGUCACGUUUACGCCGUUUGCCCGAAACCGAUCCCUACAUAGUGAACGAGGUUGGCGCCAUCUGUCGCGCAAAUGAGGAAGAACUCGAAGCUACCAAAGGCACUGGAUUCUUUGGCGUUGUUAAGGAGAUGUUCCUUAUUCCUAGCAACUUGUACCGCCUCUACCUGAGCUCUAUGGUACAGCUUUUGUCGCAAUGGUCAGGUGCUGGAUCUAUUACGCUAUAUGCUCCUGACCUUUUUAAGCUCCUGGGAAUCACUGGACAGAACGAGUCCCUGCUUGUCAGCGCAGUAUUUGGAGUUGUGAAGCUUUGCGCUGCUGUACUGUGUGCCCUGUUCUUGGUUGAUGUCAUUGGAAGAAAGCGAGCUCUGCUUAUUGGUAUCACAUGCCAAGCUAUUGCCAUGCUUUACGUCGCUGGGUUCCUUACCGCCGUCCCCGGACUUGGUGUUGUUGAUGGCUACACCCUCCCAAGCAACGAGCUUGGUCCCAGUAAAGGAGCGAUCGCCAUGAUUUACCUGUCCGGAUUUGGAUGGGCAUUAGGCUGGAACUCGAUGCAGUAUCUACUCACAGCUGAACUGUUCCCGUUGCGAAUUCGUGCUGUUUCCACAUCGUUGAUGAUGAUGUUACACUUUGUCAACCAAUACGGAAACUCUCGUGCCGUCCCUAAUAUGCUUCUGCCCACCAGCCAGGGUGGUAUCGAUCCGAAAGGGACAUUCUGGUUCUUUGCUAUCAUAACCAUUAUUGGAGGUAUCUGGGUUUGGUUUUCGGUACCGGAGACAUCCGGAAGAUCACUAGAGAGCAUGGAUAGACUGUUCAGCCUACCUUGGUACAAGAUUGGUCUUCAUGGCAACGAUGAUGCAGACCGCCAGGAUGCUGUCUAUAAAGAAAAGGAGCAGGAAAUGGGCCCAGCGGAACAGGUUGAACAUGCCCACCCUGAGAAGAGAGAAGUCUAG